AUACGUAAGAGUUCCACCAAUUCAUUCUCUCUCUCUUUCUCUCAUCGCACGGUGAAACCCAAGAACCGGCCCCCACCGUCGGUCAUCGCCUCCACACAGAUGUUCUCUUGAAAACCUCUUCCUUUAAUCGCCAGCUUAUUAUUACUCAACAAACAACAAGAUCUGUUUUUUUCACGGGUUAGAUAGAGAGGGAGGAUGUCGACACCAGCAAGGAAGAGGUUGAUGAGGGAUUUCAAGAGGUUGCAGCAAGACCCACCUGCUGGUAUCAGCGGUGCUCCACAAGACAAUAACAUCAUGCUCUGGAACGCUGUCAUAUUCGGGCCUGAUGACACACCAUGGGAUGGAGGUACUUUCAAACUGUCACUGCAGUUCUCUGAAGAUUAUCCUAAUAAACCUCCAACAGUUCGUUUUGUGUCACGGAUGUUUCAUCCAAAUAUUUAUGCAGAUGGGAGUAUUUGCUUGGACAUUCUGCAAAACCAGUGGAGCCCUAUAUAUGAUGUUGCUGCUAUACUUACCUCCAUCCAGUCGCUGCUCUGUGACCCUAAUCCGAAUUCUCCUGCAAACUCGGAAGCCGCUCGGAUGUACAGCGAAAGCAAGCGUGAGUACAACAGAAGAGUGCGCGAUGUUGUUGAGCAAAGCUGGACUGCUGACUAGUUGUGUUGUUUGUUUGUUGUAAUCUUUGUAACUCUCUCCUACUCUCAAAAUGUCACCUUUAAAAGCAACAAACUUUCACUUAUCUUUUCCAUUCAUGUCUUUUGUGUUUUCAAAACUCUUUUAGUGUGUGGAGAUUUAUGAUCUUCCUUGAACCUGUUU